AUGUACUGGGCAGAUUUGGGGCUUCCAGAAAACUACAAAGAUAUGAUUGUCAACAUGUUCCCGAUUCCUGAUGGAAUCAAGCAGAAAGGCGCUUAUAGCCUUUACUAUGGAGAUGAUCUGGUUGGCUGCUUGCCUGUGGGUGGAGACGUUCGCCCGAGUCGCACCGUCGUUCGGACCACGAGGGCCGAGUUGCGGAGAAAAGGUCCGUUGAGGGUCAUUCAGGGUGUCCGAAACUGCGCGGGACAGACACUUGCAGAGAACAUGCUGAGAACAUGCUUGGCCUCUCUCAUCUUUGCAUGA